UCGGUUGAAGAUUUGAAAUACAGAACAACAAUCCUGUUUGGCUGUAAUGCCACAGCCUUAUAUAGACCUAUCAAAACAUUAAAGGUACCUGCGAAAAUUAUCAAACUGACACUCAGCAAUGGUGAAACUGCGACACACUAACCGCAGCAGUUAAACACCGUCCCAACACCCGAGCCUCCUGCUGAACAAAGAGGGAAAGGAAGACGGAAAAAACAGCAAACACAAACACCUCAACAGAAGACAAAGAGAAAAUGUUCAAAACAAUCACCCGUCUGUUUUUUGGGGGAGAGGAGGAGAUCCCAGAAGACGUGAAGUCUGGAGAAGCAGUGGAAGAAGGGUGGUUGGUUGUGAGUCAUCAAGAGGCAGGAUCAGCAGAGAACCAGAGUACAGAGCUAACUGACACCCAGCCACUAGACUCUGCUCCUCUUGGAGACACAGCUGCAGUCAUGCAAGCUGACAUCAGUGUGUUGUCUCCAAAGCCUGCAGUCCAAACCAACAACAGCAGCAGCAGUCGAGCUAUCGCAGACUCUUUUCCUCAGCCUAAAGCUCUGCUGGAAGUGACACAGCUAACCUGCGUCCAGAAGGCGAAGGCCUGGGCAGACCCACAUCACAUGUCCCGUAACGCCAUUCAACGCCAGAACCGUGUUCGCCAAGGAGUCCAACAUCAUUCCUUCCACCUCCAACAGCCAGGACAUCGCAACCUCAGCCACUGAGGCUCUGGUUGUGCUGGGAAAUAUUCCUCGUACAUCUACGCAUCAUACUUAUUAAAAACAUACUCCAAUACACACAUAAUAUCACAUUUCAGUCGUGUGCAGAUUUAAGCUCUAUAUCUGAUCUUGAUGUAACUCAUCACAAUAACUCUAUAACAGGCAGCUACAAUAUAACUCGUACUGUACAUGAAUUUGGAAUGAAGAUGUUCACCUCAUGAAAUGAGAUGUUUUCUUGUUUGUAUGCAUGUGGAUUUACAUGUGGAUGAGUGCAGCCUAUGCAAAAUGUAUUCUCUCACAUUUAAGACAAGGUGCUGUGAUCUGUGUAUGGACGUGCAUUUAUUUACCUGUAUGUAACUGAUGUAAAACAUUUUUUUUGU